CUUUUGAGCCCGUUCCGAUUCGUGGAAGAAACAAAGAUUUACACCUCACAAUAACUGUGGGUUAAUUUGGUCAUCGCGAGACAUACUUCUAUAUUAGUACAGGAGAUCAUGUUAGGUUGAAAGAUUAAUCCAGCUCGCUGUAAUAUAAGCGUGCUAGUCCAAGAUGUCUGAACAUGAUCGUUUCGAAGCUUUCACAUUCUCUGGCCAGCAAGAGACAGCCAGGUUUGGGUUGAACACCGACACAUUAUUCCCAUUGGCACUGAAACCAGCCAAGGAGUGGGAUCCCACAUUAGAAGAGUCUAUACUAGCCAUAAAGAGACUAUCAGAAUCUGGCGAAUUGUUCAAUAAAUUGAGGGAGCAUGGCGGCGCGGUUCUCAUUCGCGGGCUACCUAUCAAGACGCCUCAAGAGUACAGUGACGUAGCUCAUGCAUUCGGGUUCCCGCCUCACGAAGAGGUUGGCCGACCGCCAUUACGAACGGUGCUGGCUAAGAAUAUCAAAACAGCGAAUGAAGGUCCCGCGGAACUUCCUAUCUGGCCUCAUAAUGAGUACGGCUGGUCGACGAUAAACCCCUCGUGGUUAACAUUUGCUUGUCUACAAGCACCCCAGUCUGGGGGCGAGACACCAAUUAUCUCUAGUCUUGGCCUGGCAGCCGCAUUGAAGGAACGGGAACCUGAGUUUAUCGAGAAGUUGCUUCAAAAAGGGGUUAAAUACGUGUAUAGAUACGGGUUGGAGGACGUAAAAUCGAACACAGGGACAAGUAUCUUUGGCGCAUACGGCCAGCAUGUGAAUCCAGGCGACGAUAGGGAGGUUAUUAGGCAGAAGAUUGAAAAUGAAGUCCGACGGCACAGUAACCACUUUCAAUGGCAUGACGAUGGUUCAUUGAGCGUGACGCAUAUCGUUCCCAUUAUUAGGAAGCAUGAGGACACCGGCCUAUCCACAUGGUUUGGUAAUGUUACGAGUGCAUGGGGCCGAAAUAAGUACCAUGGAGCGACAGAACCUCCCUACCGAGGCGACGACGACUCAUAUCAUCCGCCUCCCGAGUAUGGGGAUGGUACACCGAUAGAGAAAGAGUAUCUCGACUUAGCACUCUCACUGGCAGAAUCUCUCCAGGUAUUAAUUGAAUGGCAAGUUGGAGAUAUUGUCCUACUCGAUAACUAUGCAGUAAUGCAUUCGCGUUCUCCGUGGACUGGCAAGAGAAUAGUGCUAGCAGGCUUAUGGGAUGACAGUCGAGUGUGAUGAUUCUGAUAGGAAGUACAGCGAAUGUGUUAUAGCUACCUACCUAUCCAACUAGCGUUAACACCUCCGAGGUCUGUCUAUCACAACUGUGAGCCGUAGUUAAAUACAUAAAUAAACCACCGCCUAUAAAUGACGCAACUAUUAGUGAGGUUUAAGAACUCUACUCCCUUCUCUGACAACAUGUUGUGUUUUUCGCAUCAGCCAUCGACCCCGCUUGGCUCGUGCAGUCCCAGAACUCAAGGCUGCCAAAUACCUGGUACGUAGGUAAUCCGGAAUAGGAGUUGAUGCCUACAGGUAGGUACCUAACCUAGGUAAUCAUAGAACGCGUAACAGAUCAAUAGCAUGGAAUUGUUUCCAAGUCACAUGCUAGAUAUGCAAGAAGGAAUCAGCCAGUAUUUUCACGAACGGAGC